CUGCCCGCCCCCGCCCGCCUGCCUUCAUUGCGAUGCGCACACUGCUGCCUGGCCUGCACUGCACUGCUCCAUCUGCAUGCCUUGCCAACUGUCUAUAUAUACCAUGCCAGGGGAGGAGCCUCACACAGCACACACCCAAGCAAGGAUUGCAUAUUGCUAGCUAGCAUCCAUCGCCGCCGGCCGGCCCAGCGCCACAUCGACGAUCGAUCUGCCGACGGACGAGAUGGAUCGGUCGGUUGCCAUGGAGGUGGCGGAGAUGCAGCGACAGCGACAGCAGUUCGUCCACCACCUGCAGGUCCACCACCAGCAGCAAGGUACUACGCACCACCAGCCGCUGCUGUCGUCGCCGCCGCCGCACCACCAGCAGCAGCAGAACAGCGGCAGCAGCAGCAGGGCCGGCGGCGGCGGGCGCAGGUGCUGCCCGCUGCGGCGGUCGCGGAAAGGGUGCAUGAAGGGCAAGGGCGGGCCGGACAACCAGCAGUGCCCGUACCGGGGCGUGCGGCAGCGGACGUGGGGCAAGUGGGUGGCCGAGAUCCGCGAGCCCAACCGCGGCGCGCGCCUCUGGCUCGGCACCUUCGGCAGCGCGCUCGAGGCCGCGCGCGCCUACGACAACGCGGCCAGGCAGCUCUACGGCGACUGCGCGCGCCUCAACCUGCAGCAGAUGCCAGUGCCGCCUCCGUCGGCGGCGGCGGCAGGCGGAGGAGGAGGAGGAGGAGGAGGAGGAGCGGCGGCGGUCGUGGUGUCGUCGGCUCCGUCCCCUGACGCCGUGGCUGCUGCGGGCCCUGGUGGUGGUGGUGGUGGUGGGCACAACCGCCACCACCAGUACCUGCAGCAGCAGCAGCAGCAGCAGGCAGCCAUGGCGUCGUCGGCGCCUAUAAUGAUGAUGCAGUACUCCGCCUCCAGCUACUCCGCCGACGCGUCGUCAUCCAACUCCGACUCCUUCUCCAACUCGUACUCCAGCUCGUCGCCGGUGACCAUGGCGCCCUCACCCACCACCAACAACUACAACCACCACCAGACGUUCCAGAUGACGCCGCCGCCGUCGUCAUGCGGCGUGGUGAUGGCGCCCGCCGCCGCGCCGCAGGCGCAGCAGGGCUGCCACGUCGACGACACCACCACCACGACGCUGGCGAUGCAGCAUCAGCAGAUGAUCCGCGAGCUGGCGGCGGUGCCUCUGCACCAGGAGGCCGACGACGACUUCGAGGACUUCAUGACGCGGCUGCCCAAGGCGGAGGACUUCGGCCUGCAGGGCUUCCAGGAGGUGCCGCCCGAGGUGUUCGACGAAGCCGCCGGCAUCUGGGACCACACCGCCGCCGCCUGGUCGACCCCCGCCACCAUGAUGACGAUCGACUCCGCCGCCGGCGCCGCCCAUCAGCACCAGCAGCAGGUCGUCGUCCCUCUCAGCUGAGCUGACCCUCGCGUCGUCCAUCGAUGACGCCGCGCGCCCUGCACCUGCUACUUCGUUCCAAAGCUGCAUCGAUCUGGCCGGUGUACGAGGCGAAGUGAUUCGACGCGCGCGCGCGAUGCAUGAGGCAUGAGCAUGAUUACAACCCAAGUAGUGGUUCGUGAGUUACUUACACAUCAAGCAGGCGUACAUGCAUAGAAUCGUAUGUACGUACCAGAUGGUUACUCUGCUAUAGACUGCUAUACUGGUAUAGUAGUACUAUAUAGUUUUGUUUUGCCUAGUUAAUCGUGGGGUUUGUUGUCUGCUGGAUAAUGUUUCAGGUUUGUAAAAUAUAUACUGUAGUAUUGGUGUCUCUUUUAAACAUAUAUAUAUAUACUCCUAGUCCUAGGCUAGCUCCUAGCUAUAUAGUCUUUGUGGGUUUGUAUGUGUGGUAUGUAUAUAUCAGUAUAUGCAUGGGCGGCUAGCUAGCUAGCUUGUA